AUCAACCUUGCGUUCUGGCUGGCGUCUCUCGGCCUCGGCAAGACGUGGCCGGUCGACUUCAUCUGGUCGUGCUUCCCGCCACUGCUCUGCCUGCUCAUCAUUGUCCGCGAGCCUGACACCGGCGUGUGCGAGCGGAGGAUCGUCGGGUGCACGCUGGUCGCAACGUGGGGCUUCCGGCUGACGCACAACUUCGUGUCGCGUGGCGGCGUGGGGCACGAGGACUGGCGGUACUCGGACAUGCGCCGAACUUUUGGCCGCCACUUUUGGUGGGCCUCGCUCUUCUCCGUCUUCCUCGGUCAAGCAGCCUUCCUCUUCAGCGCCUGCUUGUCCCUGUACGGCGUCCUGUGCGCGCCAGAGCCGCUCACCGCCACCGACGCCGCGGGCGCUGCCGUCUGCUUCGGCGCCGUGCUCCUCGAGGCCGCGUCCGACCUGCAGAUGGACGCCUUCGUCGCCGCGCGCAGGGAGCACCGCACCGACGCGACGGUCAUCGACCGCGGGCUCUGGAUGUGGUCGCGCCACCCAAACUACCUGGGUGAGCUGACCUGGUGGUGGGGCCUCUACCUCUUG